UUCAGAGAAACUUGAGCACGACUACAGGGCAGCAUGUCUAAUAUUGCAAAAGUUCUUUCUGGGAGGCAGGACAGAGGAGAAGGAGUGGGAACAAACAAGAAGGCGAUUCCUUUCAACAAGCAGGACUACCAGAGCCUGAAGCAGGAAUGUCUGGCGAAAGGAACCCUGUUCUGUGACCCGACCUUCCCUGCUGAAUCCGACUCUCUGGGAUACAGUGAACUCGGGCAGCAGUCCCCCAAGACCAGAGGAGUGCAGUGGAAGAGACCUAAGGAACUCUGCUCAAAACCUCAGUUCAUUGUGGACGGCGCUGAGCGGACAGACAUCUGCCAGGGAGCUUUAGGUGACUGUUGGUUGCUGGCGGCUAUUGCAUCUUUGACUCUGGAAAAAGAGAUUCUGGAACGUGUAGUUCCACAUGGACAGAGUUUUACAGAGAACUAUGCUGGCAUCUUUCACUUUCAGUUCUGGCAGUACGGUCAAUGGGUGGAUGUUGUCAUUGAUGACCGGCUGCCUACCAGAGAUGGGAAGCUGCUGUUUGUUCAUUCAGCCGAGGGCUCUGAGUUCUGGAGUGCUCUGAUGGAAAAGGCCUAUGCAAAGUUAAAUGGCUCAUAUGAAGCUCUGUCGGGAGGUUGGUCCACUGAGGGUUUUGAGGAUUUCACAGGAGGCAUUGCUGAGAACUAUGAGCUGAACAAAGCUCCUCCACACCUGUUUAAGCUCAUGCAGAAAGCACUGAUGCUGGGAUCAUUACUUGGCAGCUCCAUUCAGAUUACCAGCUCACGUGAGUCGGAGGCGGUGACGAGUCUGAAGCUGGUGAAGGGUCAUGCCUACUCCAUCACAGGUGCAGAGGAGGUUCAUUCCCACGGCCGUCUGGUUCAGCUGGUGCGCAUCAGGAACCCAUGGGGUCAGGUGGAGUGGGCGGGCCCUUGGAGUGACAAUUCCAAAGAGUGGAACAGCGUCCAACCAGAGGAGAAAGCUAAAUUGGUUCAUUCAGCUGAAGAUGGAGAGUUCUGGAUGGCGUAUUCAGACUUCAUACAGCACUUCUCAAAGUUGGAGAUCUGUAAUCUGACUCCAGACACUAUUUCAAGCGAAGAUGUGAGCCGCUGGAACUACAACCAGUUUGAAGGCAACUGGAAGGUGGGAUCCACCGCAGGGGGCUGCAGGAACAACCCAGCAACAUUCUGCUCAAACCCUCAGUUUGUGAUCAAGCUGGAGGAAGAAGAUGAUGAUCCUCUUGAUGGAGAGGACGGCUGCACGAUCCUAGUGGGUCUGAUGCAGAAAGAGAGUCGUAAAGACAAGCGGUUUGGACGAGACCUGAACACCAUUGGCUUCACUAUCUAUAAGGUUCCAAAUGAGUUCAGGGGACGCAAUAACGUUCAUCUCGGUCCUGACAUACUGCUGCGUCAGCAGUCCAUUGCAGGGAACAACACCUUCACCAACCUGCGAGAGGUGAGCGAGCGCUUCAAACUGCCUCCGGGUGAAUACGUCAUCAUCCCCUCCACUUUCGAGCCGCAUCGCAAGGGAAGCUUCAUACUGCGCGUGUUCGCAGAGAAAGAGGCUGCUGCCAGUCCGAUGGAUACGGAGAUCAGUGCAGAUGUGAAAAAGCAAUACAUAUCCGAGAGUGAUGUGGACCCACUUUUCAAACAGCUUUUCAAUCAGAUUGCUGGAAAUGACACAGAGGUGUCUGUGUUUGAACUACAGCAGAUCCUGGACAGUGCUACCUCGAAACGAACUGAUGUGAAGACGGAUGGAUUUAGUAUGGAAACCUGUCGCCACAUUAUCAGUCUGCUAGAUAGAGACGGCAGCGGCAAACUCGGCCUUGUGGAGUUUCACAUACUGUGGAUAAAGAUCCAGAAAUAUUUGGAGGUGUUUAAGAAGUAUGAUACAGACAACUCCGGCACUAUGAGUUCCCAUGAGAUGAGAGAUGCCGUGAAAGAAGCAGGAUUCCAGCUGAACAAUGACGUACUUCAGGUGAUAAUCUCACGUUACGCCAAUCAGCAGUACGCCAUUGACUUUGAUUGCUUCGUUGGCUGCCUGAUUCGCCUGGAAAUGCUCUUCAAAAUGUUUAAAACGCUGGAUAAGAAGAACAGCGGGAAAAUCGAGCUGGAUAUCCUGCAGUGGCUCUGCUUGGCGCUCAGUUGAAAAUCCACUCACCAUAACUGCAUCAGAAAUCAGUUCAUUUCCUGCAAUUGAACUGAAGAGGAUGCAGCAGACCUGAAAUACCCAAGAGUAACAUCGGAGUAAAAUCAACC